AUGCCUUUCCUUUCCACAAUCAAAUCAAUUGGCUCAAGCAUCAUCCCGAGACGACACAAACAACCGCCUGACAGCCAGGAACAGUCUCUCAGAGCUGAAGAGCAAGCUGAUGUUCCGUAUUCCCUGCCACCCCUUAAAGUCGUCAAUCUUCCCCUCGUACUUCCAGAGCACCAGUUCGCUCUUUCAGAUCAAGGCUGGACGAAGAUCACGUACCAGACACCAGUUGAAAAGGAUGCAUUAUAUGGUAGCGCACAGGCCUUGUUCCAGGCGAGCAAGUCAUUCUUCGAUCUCCCCACAGCCCAAAAACACGCCUUUAAAACCAAGGAAGGAAGUGAGGAAGGUUGGAGUUUCGUUGAAGGGGAAAAGGAAUUCAUCACACUUCGAAGCUUAGACAAUACGCCGCCGGAACUACUUGAAGCCGCAAGAACAUUUUGGGCGGUAGCUGGGGAUCUUUUAAAUGAUCAGCUAGGUCGAGUAGCUGAGAGCUUGGAGCUACCAGCUGAAGCAUUGGAUGUUUAUUCGAAGCCUUGCAGCAGACUAAGUAUGGAGAAGACAGCGACUAUGUUGCGUCUUUUCCGAUAUGAGGGAUUCGAGCAAAACCAACCCAAGACUGUUGCCGAACCCCACCGAGAUCUUGGCCUCCUUAGUCUUGUGAUUGGCGAUAAACCCGGCCUUGAAGUAUGGGACCGGCACGCCCAAUCGUGGUUUCCUAUCGAGAAAAGCUUUGAGUCACCGGCCGGAAGUAUUCUUGCUGGUAGGCAACUUGAGCGCCUAACAAACUCUCGCUAUCGUUCUGGUGGUCACCUUGUUCGCUCCUACCCGAGUUCCAGCUUGAACAACCCUUAG